CUAAAAGAUCAAAUGACAUAAAAAAUGUUCAACGCAGGAGUUGCCGAGGGACAAUCAACCACAAGGCCACCCUUGUUCGACGGAACAAACUACUCAUAUUGGAAGGAGAGGAUGAGAAUCUUCAUCCAAUCCAACGAUUACAAGUUGUGGUUGAUUGUGAAGAACGGUUGCAGGAUUCCGAUGAAGGAGGUCGAUGGAGUCUAUCUUCCCAAAACCGAAGAAGAGUUCGAUGAGAACGACUUUAAAAAGAUGGAGCUCAACACCAAGGUAAUAAACAUUAUUUAUUGUGGUGUUAACGCGGAUGACUACCGCAAGAUCUCGCGGUGUGAAACCGCUAAGCAAAUGUGGGAGAAGUUAGAGAUCACCUAUGAAGGAACAAUCCAAGUUCGGGAGGCCAAGAUAGACCAACUCACCCACGAGUACGAGUUGUUCUCAAUGAAGGAGAACGAGAAGGUAGAAGAGAUGUUCGAGAGAUUCUCGAACAUCAUCAAUCCACUUAACCUUCUCGGUAAAGUCUACAUCGACCGAGAACUCGUAAGGAAGGUUUUGCGGAGCUUGUCCCCCAAGUGGCGUUCAAAGGUGGACGCAAUCGAGGAAGGACGUGGCUUCCAAACGAUAACAUAUGACUCUCUUCGAGGUAAUCUCAUUACCUAUGAAACCACUCAAUUCUUCAAAGUGGUUGAAGAGAAGAACAAGAGAAGCAUCGCUCUUCCCGCAACAACGUCAACCAACAACGUUGACGAUGAAGAUGAUGAUAGUGAUGACACCGACAUCGGUCUCUUUGUCCGGAGAUUCAAGAAGAUGAUGAACAAGAAGGGAGCAAAGAAGAACACUCCACCCAAGUGCUAUGGGUGUGGUGAAGUUGGUCACAUUAAACCAAUGUGUCCCAAGCUCAAGAACGAGAAGGACAAGAAGGCACCAAAGAAGCAACGUGCCUACAUCUCUUGGGAGAACAAUGGCUCUGGAAGUGAAGAUUCCGAAGUAAAGGAGAUGACCAAUCUUUGCCUCAUGGCCAUUGAGAAAGACCAAGCAUCCAAGGAGUAUUGCAGGGAAUUGCGUAAAAGAUUCGAUGUUACCGAAUCGAAAUCCGUUGACACACCUAUGAGUACAUCUUGCUAUCUUGACAAGGACGAAAAAGGUAAAGAGGUUGACAUCAAACGCUACUGAGGUAUGAUCGAUGAUAUAUCCCAGAGCACCAUAAAUCACCCUCAAGUCCUUAAGGAAAUCAGUGGAAUAAUGUCCAAGUGUUAUG